ACAUCACGCGUGAGCGCUUCGCACUGAUCAAUAAUUUUUACAUUCGCAAACGCGCGCGCGCUCUGCCAUGACCGUGCGGUGAAUCCGGUAUCAAAAUUUAUUGAAAACUCUAUACCAACUUCCAAAACAGCAUCGUUGGUACUGGUACCGGUGUGUGCAUCAUCUAAAUGCCGAGGGGGACGUUAGACCGGGCUGGGAUGGUAAGGGAGCGAUGUGAAUGCGAGGAGUAAACAAGUACAUGUCCUGCCUGUGAAUGCAGAAGCUACCCGAUUGGCAUUUAUAUUGAACUUUGACGUUGCACCACCGUAAAUCAAAAAUUUCAUGCCGAAAAGAAUCUUUUGGAAGAGUUGCCGGUGAGUUUGGAUUGACGUGGAGUUUACGUGCAGUGAGAGCUGGAGAGAGGCGAGGGAAACCAUCCGAUGACGCAUACAGCGAACAUAGUUUCGGCAUCGAAUAAAAUAAUGACGACUUUCGUGUUUGGAUGGAAUCUUGCCAAAAUGAGCUUUAUUUGACGGAAGUGAGCCGAUCUGUUUCUUCAAAACAAGUUCAUUAACUCGAAAAUUGUUAUGGAUCUCUUUGUUUGUCAAACUUUGGGCCUAAUUUUUGAGCAGACGUAAGAAAUAUACAUCUGCUGAUGUUUGCAAUCGAACUUGAUAUCGAAACCUUUUUCCUGGACAACAUUUUUAACACGAUGAGGUUCAAAUAGAAUCUGGACUUUGGCUUUGAACUUCUUGUGUCGCAGCUGAGCAUAAUUUACCCUUUUAGGAUCUGUUAUAUUGGAUUUAUACCUGUGGAAAUAAAGGAAUAAACAUGGCUUCGAGCCGUAUCAAAGGGAAGACGUCGAAAAGGAACGGUACGAGUGGGAAAAUGAAAGAUUUACCACCCCCAUCGUCGGCUGCCUCGAACAACAAUGACCACAGGAAGUUUGACCUGUCAGAACUGGAGUUGCUCAAAACUGUCGGUACGGGAACUUUUGGGCGAGUGCUCCUAACCCGGGAUAAGAAGACGAAGGAUUACAUGGCCUUAAAGGUGCUAACGAUAGAGGAUAUAAUUAAACUCAAACAAGAGGAUCAUGUGAGGGACGAGAAGGCUAUACUCAGCAUCAUCAAUCAUCCAUUCAUUAUCAAACUACAUUGGACGCACCACACCGACACGUUCCUCUACAUGCUCCUCGAAUAUGCCUGUGGGGGCGAACUCUUUACAUACCUCCGGAACAGUGGCCGCUUCAACAACGACACGGGCAAAUUCUACGCCAUGGAAAUCAUAUCUGCAAUAGACUAUUUACACAAAGAAACCAUUGUAUACAGAGACUUAAAACCAGAGAAUAUAUUAUUGGAUUCAGAAGGUCACGUGAAGCUCACCGACUUUGGGUUUGCCAAGAAGCUGGUGGAUAACAGGACGUGGACAUUAUGUGGGACGCCGGAAUACUUAGCACCAGAGAUCAUCCAAAGUAAAGGGCACGGGAAGGCAGUAGAUUGGUGGGCGUUGGGUAUCCUCAUCUAUGAGAUGCUUGCAGGGUACCCACCUUUCUACGAUGAGAAUCCAUUUGGCAUCUAUGAGAAGAUCUUAGCCUGUAAGAUUGACUGGCCUCAGUCAAUAGGAUCAAAACCAAAGAAACUAAUCGAGGGUCUACUGGUAAUAGACAGGACCAAGAGGUUAGGCUGCAUGAGGGCAGGCUCCAACGACAUCAAGAACUCGGAUUGGUUUGAAUCCAUCGACUGGGAAAAUGUCAGACAAAGACAACUCAAGCCUCCAAUUGUUCCCAAACUAUCCCAUGCCGGCGACACGAGUAACUUUGAUGAGUACCCAGAAGAAAACUGGGAGACGGAUGCAUCUCCCGUCAAGUCGGAUGUCCUCAAGCUCUUCAAAGACUUUUGAUGUCACCCGUCUCUUCUGCUCAAGAGGAGGAGGAGGCAGUUUGAACUCAAAGCGCAAUUAACCUGUUGCUUCCUGGAACACGGUAGUCCGUGUGUUAAGCCUAUGGAAGUGAGAGAUUUCAGUGGUCGACUGUUAAUUGUCAUCGUUGUCCUCAAGCUCUUCAAAGACUUUUGAUGGUAGAUGUCUCUUCUGCUCAGGAGGAGGAGGCAGUUUGAACUCUAUAGACGCUCGAUCGACUCUCCCGUUGUCCCAAGCCCAAAGCGCAAUUAACCUGUUGCUACCUGGAAGAGGCCAGUCCCUGUGUUAAGCCUAUGGAAGUGAGAUAUUUCAGUGGUCAACUGUUAAUCGUUGUCUGGGUGCAGUUACGGCAGGGUUUCGUGAUGGAGUCUGGACAAGUCCUGUUGGCAAUCUUGUUUUGUGCUGAUAUCUGAAAAGCGGAGAAUGGACUCCUUGAUCUCCAACAUUGAUGCUGUGAAACAGACGUUGAACGUUGGAGGGAGAACCCUGCGCAUGCUCGUGGUGUCGUACAAACACACGGAUUACAUUGGUGACGCGAAGCCAGCUGUUCUACAAGAAGAUGGUGAACCAUAAGAGCCAUGGCUCAAAACUAGGGAUCCCAUGAAUGCGAAAGACAUCAAUCACACAGGUUCUUCCUUCAGUAAACUUGGUGUUUGAAAUACUCAUCCAUUUGUUUGUCGGUGAAGCAUUGUAUAAAAUGGACACCAUCGUAUCCAUCAGGAACUUAUUAAUCGGGAGAUGCUACAAAACAGCACGUUGAAUUGUGUCGAUCAGGUAUGGGGAAUCGACGGACAAAAAAAUGGCUAGAGUUCUUUCUCAAAGUGCUUUAUGUGUCUGUAAGAGUAACUUUGGAGGAAACUGAAAAUAAGUGGAUAUUGUUGCAGCUUGAAAGUCUCAUCAUGUGGAAGAGGUGUUCAGUCUGCAUGGUUGCUUUAAUAGCAGACAGAAAGUAUAAAAGAUUAAUGAUAAAAUAUUAAUGAUUAGUUUGAAAUAUUUCGUCAAGCCACAUAUCCCGGUCACACUGACGAGAUCGACACUACACCGACAACGGACAGAACCAAAAAAUUUAUUACACCAACCGAAAAGCCAAGAAUCGGUCAGUUUGGAUUUCAGCUUGGAGACAAUUUGGCAAUGUGACUUUGAUAUUCCAGAGUCAAUAGUACAACUUUUAAUGUCUUAGAAACAAUAGUACCGGUAUUUUGAUGAUAAUCAAAAUUAAUCUGUUGAGUUAGUCAUGAAUAGGUUUUAACAUUUAAUAAGGCUUUAAGCAAUGUAUCCUUCAAUGAUCUAUUUCGAAAAUGAAACUUACAAGAGAAAACAAAAGUUAGAUACUAUAUCCAAGUGCUUCCCUUUCUGUCUGCAGUAACCUUCCAUAUUUUGUACUUCAAAUAUCCAAAUAUUGACUAGGUACUCAGAAAUGGUGUCUUCCUAAGAUUAUACAUAUCAUGGCAUUGUCUUGUAAUCUGCUGUUGGUGAUAGGAAAAAGUAAAAGCCCUUUUGCUUAUCAAUUAUUUCAUGUUUUCAGUUCUUGGUCCUAACUCUUGUAUAGCACAUACCAUUUAUUCAUCAGUGUCUCAAAUCUAGACUCUUAUAAUGUGCUUCCAAAGGGCUUUGGAUUAUUACCAUGGUUCUGCCUAUAACUCCUAUAAUGAAGGUGCUGAAGAUUCAAGGAAUUAAUUCCUACCGAUACCAAUUUACUUCACCUGGGUCAAGUGUGGCAAAUAUAGAUUAAUGUCUUGCCAAUGGACGUCAGUACCAGCUGGGAUUUGAACCCUGUAUCUUGUGAUCUACAGUCCAGUGACUGAUCCACCAGACCACAAUACAUUCACAUUAUGUCCAAGAAUAUACUUGCUGCUAUAGUUUUUAAGGUUUGUUUUCUUUUUAUGCUUUUAUUUUGACAAGUAUCCCUUACAAUAGAUCCAUCUUGUUCUGACUUUGAGUGGGUCUUUCUUUUUUUUUUAAUAAAGAAAACUGAAUGCUGUUUGUAAUUGGGUAAAUUUGUUUUUGUAUUAAAGUAAUCAGAAUGAUUAUUUGAUUAAGUGUAAGUUAAAUACCUGCACUUGCAUGUGAUAUUUCAGACUUGCCAACGUUGAAUACAAUAGAUGAAAUUACAUUUUGAUUUACAGUUGUUUUUUUCUUUGGUUACUAAGAAGUUCCAGGUUUUAAAAAUGGUCAGCCUUAAUGAUCGCACAUCUAAUAAUAAUCCAUUGUCUUUUAUAGUGAAGAUGAAUUCAUCAAUUUAUCUAACACUUAAGUUGUUGUUGAGCUCUUCAAACUCAUUUUUAGAUAAGAUAACUUAUGAUUACAAAUUGAAAUCAUGAUGUCUGGCUUUUAACUCGAUCUGUUUAUAUAAAAAUUCAAAAAAUCCUCCUUCACAUAAAGUAUUGACUUUAAAUUGAAAAGUAAGAGAGAUAGAGAUACAUGUUAUUUCUGUACUUAUAAGUUUGAAUUCAAGAACUAUUGUAUGCAUCAAUUGCUGUAAAAUUCCAGUGCUUCCUUCCCAAAAAAAUCAUAGUAGAUAACAAUCAUUUUGUAAGUACUCGACUCAACAUUUCACAAGAUGUUUUUGUGUGGUACUAUUGCUAUAUUUGGAUCUCGCCCAAGUACUACUUUUGAAGAUUUUAUUAGAUGACCAAGUAAUGCUAGACAGUACUAUAGUGAAUUAAAGUAAAAAAAAGCAACGAUUAUGACUUAAAGUGUUCCAUUCAACAAAACAUGUUUUGCUGUUGAUGUAAGGGAUGUUAUGUCACUAUGCUAUUUUCAAACUAUGAGCUUCAAAUAGUACUUGUAGUAUGAAAACACUCUCAUAACUUUAAAACAACUUGUUGAUUAGAAUAGUUGUAAUAAUAGGGCGCGCAUGGAUCCCAAGUUGGACUUGUGUUAUUUGUGCAGGGUUUUAGGUCAUUCUUUAUCUUCUUCAUAUUCCUUAACCGUCAAACUCAUAGGGUUGUCAUUUAAUUUAAUUUGUUUUUUCGGUUGAUUUUAUACACUCUAGCUACACAAACAAGUUAUUUUGUCAGAUUAUCAGUACACUUUACGAUUAUCUGAUAUUUUUAUGUGAAUUUAUUUUGUUUACUUUAGCUAUCUUGACCCAGUCUUCUGCUCAAGAUCUACUUUUUGCGCCAUUCUACGCAAAAGGUUUUCACUUGGAAAUUUAUGAUAUCCAAGUUUUCCUGAAAUGCUGUGAACAAACCAAGCUGAUUUUUUAAUUUUUUAUUUAUAAUUAGAUUAGAAAGUAAAUCCUUUGUAAAGUUUCAGCUUAUUAGGCCAGCACAAGUGAAGUUUAAUCUGUUUUGUUUAAUGCAAGUAAUAGUCUUUCACUACGUCACUUCUCCCCCCCCCCCCCCCCCCCCCCCAUCAUUAUCAAAAACACUUUCCAUUGUUUUGUACUCUUCUCAGUCAUCUUGAAGUUUUAUCUAAAAUUCUGAAGUUUCCAUUAAUUUGUAUUGCAAGGUAGUCUUCUAAUCUAGCUGUUCUAUUCAAAUUUGUUUAACUAAAUGAACAUUUUGAAGAAAAUUAUUGUUUAAGACCAGGUUAAUUUUGUGCCAUAUUCUAUGCAAGGUUUUUUCUUUCCACGUACAGUAAGAGUUUAUAAUAUCAGGUAUUCAAGUUAGUGACUUAAUUAUCUGAGUCAUUGUGUUCAAUUUCUCACAAGUGAAUGAAGAACCCCAAUAAAAAGUUGUUUACACUGGAUCAGUUUUAUUUGAUUUAGAGACACAAUUUUCUGAAUUAUAUCAGCAGUAUAAUGUAAGCCUAGCAUAGGAAAAUUACAACUCCCAGGAUAUGCUUAUCAUGUUAAAUUUAUUUACACUAUUUGUUUUCACACAAGCUAUAUGUACAACAGAAUUAUGUGUGAAUACAGACCCUGUUUUGUUUUGUUUACGGUAGGUAAAUUUUUUAGGUGAGUGCCCGCAUGCACUCAAAGUAAAAUACAUUUGUUACGACCAAAAUCUGGUCUAUGUCACGUCUGGCUUCAUGCAUCUGGAGGGACAUGUCAUGGUUCCUCUGUGUCCGAGAUUGAAGUGAAUUUGGACAAUAUUAUGUAGAUUACUGGUAUUUGGUGUGAGGCUCUAAACGGUAACGGUCAAAGUUGUAAUACUGUGUGCAUUUUGUUUUCCAAAUCGUCCUUUGCCAGAGGGAUCCAGAAGGAUGUUGUUGUAUCUCUCUGUACAGAUUGAAUGCCCUUCUGGCUCUCCACAGACAAAACAAUUAUAAUUCUUCUGUAAGCAACAACUAAUAUAUCCUUAUACGUGAACUUCCAUCUUAAGAUGGAUAAUAAUUAAAAGCAUUAUGAAGUGCAGAAUGAUGCUCUUGAAAUUCAAGCAAUUGAAAUAAAAAAAAUUCACCCGUGAUAGACCAAUUUUUAAAUGUUUGAACUUUGUUUAAACUUCCAAGCAAAAUGAUUAUCAUAGUGGAUGUGUUAAUAGAUAAAUUCUCUUUAAAUCAAAUUCAAUACAUUUCAGGUGAAAGUCCUUUCCCUUUGGAGAAUAAUUUUUAAAUGUUUGUAAAGAGAGUAUAUUUCAAACUUCCAUGCAAAAUGAUAACCAAAAUGGAUGUGUUAUUAGAGAAAUGGUCUUGAAAUCAAAUUCAAAACACUUCAGUUGACAUCUUCUUCUGUUAGUAGAUCAAUUUUUAAAUGUUUGAAAAGAGAGUAUAUUUACAACUUCCAAGCAAAAUUAUUAUCCUAAUGGAUGUGAAAAUAAAGAAAUGCUCUUGAAAUCAAAUUCAAUACAUUUCAGUUGAAAGUCUUCUCCUGUGGUAGACCAAUUUCUAAAUGUUUAAAAAGAGAGUAUAUUUCAAACUUUCAAGCAAAAUGAUUAUCCUAGUGGAUGUAUUAAUUAAUAGAGGAAUACUCUUGAAAUCAAAUUCAAUACACUGAAGUUGAAAGUCUUUUCCCUUGGUAGAUCAACUUUUAAAUGUUUGAAACAAGAUUCUACAGUCAAACCUGUCUAUUGAGGCCACCCAAGAAAGAGUGGCCACUGUAGACAGGUGGUCUUUAUAAAGAGGUGGCUGCUGAGACUAUAUAGCUUUACUGAAUUUGCAAUUCCCAAGCAAAAUAAUUAUCUUAAUUGUAAAAACUUUUAAAGUUUGUCGAGACAUAUUUCUUUCUUUUUUUGUCGACCUCUAAAGUAGUAUGUGUUAUACCGUACUGAUGAAAGAUGGUAUGCUGUAUUUUCAAGAAAUAUUCAUUUUUAACAGCAGUGAUUCAAUCAUUGUUUGGAAUUAAUACUUUGGACUGAUUUUUGCGUCAGUAUUUUGUGAAAUGUUAAAUGUUGUCCUUUACCAUAUGAGUCAUUAAACCAUUUACACAUAUUAUGGAUGUGAGGGAAAUGGUAUUAGAAAUCAAAUCAUGCAAUUUUCAAAGUAAAUAUUGAUACUGCACAAGUAAUGAAAUAUCAAUAUCCACAAAAUUGAUAGUGAAUAGUGAUAAGAAUAUUCUGGGUUUGUAUAGUGCUUAUAAAUACAUCAACAAUGUCUCUAUUAAAGUGCUUUACAGAUUGUUAUAGUCAAGUGUCGGGUCAGGAAGUGGUCGCUUAUCAAGUUUAUUUUAUGUGAAAAACUGCCAUGCCAUUCAUUAAGGAAAAUUAUGUAUGAUUAUCUGUAAAAUCAUACAGCGCUGAGAAGUGAAAGAGACUGUUUUAGUGAGACAAUCUCAUCUAUAUCAUGUGAGAAAAAGGAGAAGAAUAUAUUAUUAAUAUUUGUAAUGUAUUUAUUUGUGUGUGUGUCGAGUGCCUUAAGGAUUUGAAUAAAUAAAAACAAUAGAAGUGUUUCUUGAACGUUUUCUCAGCUUUAUUUGAUAAAUAAAUAUGGUCGAUAUUGACUGUAAGCGAUUUUUGAAAGGUUGUCAAAAAAUAUUGUAGAAUUAUAGACUAUGUGAUACAGGUGUGGGGAGGAGAAUUCAAUGAAAGAGAAAAAAAUAAUAAAAUAAUGACUGGAUAGAAGGCCAGCUCAUAAAGAUAAUA